UGAAGAUGAUUGAAGCGAAAUCUUUCAAUUUCUUUUGUGCUCAUUUCUAAUCAGGAACGUGGAAGGUUUUUCGUUGGCCUAAUUUUGUUGGUGAACCUACAUAUAUGGUGAUGUAAUGAGUGCGUGGUGUACAGAUAAUUGUGGUCCCAAAAGGGGAGACGUGCGUAAGAACAAUUGACUUGAGUACUUAAGUGACAUUCAAUUUGAACUGAUUGACGGUGUUGUUUGUUUUCGGAAGUGUUCGUAACGAAAUGUGUUGUUGUCGUGUGUAAGUGAAUUAUGUUGCCAUGGAUUCCGAAAUAGAUAUCCUAUUGUUUAUCAACUGCACCCAGCAGAUUUUGGGUCGGCAGCAGUCUUGGGAUCAUCUCAAUGUGACUCAGAUCCUGGACCUGCUACCAACGAAGAUCCUUGAAGACAUCAAUCUUAAAAUCACUCUUGGCAACUGUAUGGGUUUGGGUGAAAGGCCAUUCAGUCCACCAUGGUGGGUGCAACUUGCUUGGUUUAUGGUAUUCGCAAUCAUGCUACUGCUCGCUGUCUUGGGGAAUACCUUAGUCAUCUGGAUAGUUUUGGCACAUCGUCGCAUGAGGACAGUUACAAAUUGCUUCCUCGUGAACCUAGCGUUCGCAGACUUGUUGAUGGCAACCCUGAACGGAGCACCAAACUUCAUAUUUCUGGUGACCGCUGACUGGCCCUUCGGGUCAGUGACCUGUACUGCAAGCAACUUCACUGCCAAUCUGACUGUCUCUGCUGGAGUGUUCACACUGGUCGCCAUCACUGUUGACAGAUACGUGGCGAUAGUGAAACCUCUGCAACACAGACUGAGUCGUCGCGUAGCGCGCGCGGCGCUCUUCACCGUCUGGUGCGCCAGCGCUCUGCUUGCACUGCCCAGUCUACUCUACUCUGAUACUUAUAAGAAACAAUAUGUGAACGGUGACAGAGAAAUAUGUUUUAUUAAAUGGCCCGACGGCAGUUAUCCAUCAUCGAGAACUGAUUAUGUGUAUAACCUAUUAUUUUUGGCUGUGACGUACGUGGUGCCUAUGUCGGUGAUGGUUUGGGCGUACGCUCGAAUGAGUGCCGCUUUGAGAGGCCGAGCAAUCGGCGAGUGUACUCAUCAUCAGAUGCAAGUCGUCAGAGCUAAGAGAAAGGUGGUGAGAAUGUUCGUCCUGGUGGUGAUGGUGUUUGCUCUCUGCUGGCUGCCUUACCACGCGUACUUCGUCCUGACCUACCAUUAUCAAUCCUUAGCGUCUGCGCCCUUUGCCCAGCAUAUUUAUCUCUUCUUCUACUGGUUGGCCAUGGCGAAUUCCAUGUUCAACCCCUUAAUUUAUUACUGGAUGAGUAAUAAAUUUCGCAUCUACUUUCGUAUGGUGUUAUGUUGGUGUUGGACACCAAAAACAUCAUCAUCUACUGAUAUGAAGAAAUUAGAAAUGAACAAAUCAUUCUCAGUGAGUCAAAGAAAUUAUCGGGACAUAUCGUCCUUUAGCAGAGCAUGACAUUCAAAGAGACGGAGUAACACUUCGCGGUCUACGCCACAGCAUGAUCAUUCGAAUGCAACAGAACUGAUAACGAAUGGCAACGCAGUGCGUAUGAACCCGCGAGGUGAACCCGACGACAGACAUUAUCACAUGUGUGACGAUAAAUUAUAAAGUAA